AUGUUGAAAGCUGGCGCUGAUUUGCAAUUUCCACCAGGAUUUAGAUUUCAUCCGACGGAUGAGGAGCUCGUCCUCAUGUAUCUCUGCCGAAAAUGCGCGUCGCAGCCGAUCGCUGCUCCGAUCAUCACCGAACUCGACUUGUACAGAUAUGAUCCUUGGGACCUUCCCGACAUGGCUUUGUACGGAGAAAAGGAGUGGUAUUUUUUCUCACCACGAGACCGAAAGUACCCAAACGGUUCAAGACCGAACCGGGCUGCUGGUAAUGGCUAUUGGAAAGCCACAGGUGCUGAUAAACCGAUCGGUCGUCCAAAACCGGUCGGAAUUAAGAAGGCUCUAGUGUUUUACUCCGGGAAACCGCCAAGAGGAGAGAAAACCAAUUGGAUUAUGCACGAAUACCGGCUCGCCGAGGUGGACCGGUCGGUUCGCAAGAAAAACAGUUUAAGGCUCGACGAUUGGGUACUGUGUCGUAUCUAUAACAAGAAAGGUGUCAUCGAGAAGCGACGGAGUGUGAUCGAGGAGGAGAUAAAACCUGUGAUCGACACGUGUACUUUAACAGCUCCGGUGACGAUGAACUUCGAUAGACCGGAAUUGAUAGCCGGCUCGGAGCAAGUGGUGUCACCGGAAUUCACGUGCGAGGCUGAGAGCGAGACGAGUAGGUGGAGCAACGUUCGGUUGAGCAACGCCCAUGAGUUUCCGUUUAAUUACGUAGAUGCCAUCGCCGAUAACGAGAUUGUCUCACGGCUGUUGGGCGGGAAUCAGAUGUGGCCUACGGCGCUGGAUCCACUUGUUGUUCGGCAGAAAACUUUUUGA